UCUACUUGUUAUUCUUCCGUGCUCUUCUAAAUUUCUUUUACUUAAAUUUGAAAGUUUCCUUCUACCAUUUGAUGUAAUAAAUACUGAGUGUAAAAUAUGUAAUCUCUCAUUUAUUGUGUCUCCUUCCACUUCCAUAUAUUCCCUCUAUGUAUUGUGUCCAUCUCAUUGUGCUUUGAGUUCCCAUCUCUUCUUGGUGCCUCACUCUAACCCAUUACUUCUUGGUCUCGUGCUGUAGACUUGUACCCAUAUCGUCCUGAGGCCCAGAAAACUUGAGUGGAUUCUGGAGACCUCAUGCCUUGAGCCUCUUUUCAUCCCACCUCUCCUAUUGCACCUACCAGCUCUUUAUUGCGUGUCCCUUUCGCAACCCUCUAUCUCCAUAUAUCCCCAUUGUCACUGCCCAUUUCUUCUUCCCUCCCAGAAAGCUCUUGGCCAUUCUCCACAGGCCCGUCUCUUUUUUUUAGCUUACCGGCUUCCUAUUUGCACCGAAAAGCUUGGAAGGGCUUGGGAGAUCUCAUGAUUUGAGCUUCUUUUCUUCUGUCUCUAGGCUCGGAAGUGUGGAUAUCAAGUUGCACUGAACAGUUCUCAGUUCUCAUUGAUCAGAGUGACCAACCCCAAAACCAAAGACAUGGAUUACUGAAUUCCUAGCAGAAGCCUCCACCAUCAGCAUCAGCAGCAGCAGCAGCUACAAUCAGUAUUCGAUUUAACCGAGAACCAUUGAAGUAUGUUGUCGGCCGGAGGGAGCUCCAAGACCGACAGCUCGGCCAAUUCAUCCGCCCCUGACGGUGGGUUGCGGCUGAGCCGGUAUGAGUCCCAGAAGCGCCGGGACUGGAACACCUUCGGCCAGUACCUCCGGAACCACCGGCCGCCGCUCGCACUCUCCCGGUGCAGCGGCGCCCACGUGCUCGAGUUCUUCCGCUACCUGGACCAGUUUGGCAAGACCAAAGUGCACGCCGUUGGAUGCCCAUUCUUCGGCCACCCGCACCCCCCGGCGCCGUGCCCGUGCCCCCUCCGGCAGGCCUGGGGCAGCCUCGACGCGCUCAUCGGCCGCCUCCGCGCCGCCUUCGAGGAGAACGGCGGCCAGCCGGAGGCCAACCCCUUCGGGGCCCGCGCUGUCCGGCUCUACCUCCGGGAGGUCAGGGACAGCCAGGCCAAGGCAAGGGGGAUCGCCUACGAGAAAAAGAAAAGAAAGCGAACCUCUCCCUCGCAGCAGGGUCAUGGCUCGCAGCUGCCGGCUCCAGCGACGGCUCCUGCCAUCACCCACCGUCGGCUGGAGCCCGACUUGAAUUCGCUGAGUGGCGGGCGCCCGCUUCACCUCCAUGCUCCUCUGGUGAUGCCGGCCACGGAGGCCGGUGGAGACCACCAGGUGAUCAUGGCAGCCGCGGACGCUCAUUCGGGCUCCGGGAUGAUACCAUUAUCAGUGUUUAAUUAGUAAGCUAUUUAGUUUGCAGUAAGAGUUCUUUCUAGUUAUAUUGUGACAGUCUGUGUGAUCUCUGUGUGUGGAGGACUCUCUAAAAGGUUGGCGUACUAGCCGUUGUUCUCUAUGUUUAACAGACGAUUUUAUGUGGUUCAUUGAAUGUAUAUCAUGUUUACGGUUA